CCGGUGUGUGCCGCGCAAGUUCGGGCGGGUGCUCGAGGGAGACAUAGCGGCAUGCAAGCAGAUUGCCCAGUCGUACGGCAUCGGUCUGGAUCCGAUCUACAGCCUGGCAGCAUGGGAAAUGGCGUGCAGGCAGGCGACAGUAGACGCAUCCUCCUCCUCUUUCUCCUCGUCCGGUUCUUCUUGUACUUCGUCCUUCUCGGCCUCGUCUUCAUCCUAUUCUAACCUGCCUCCCUCCACCGCCGACAGUGAAGGAUGUGAAGUUCGCUGCUCGAGUGGGCAUGUUGCCAUGUCAACAGCUGGUGGGACUGACCCACGGGUCACGAAAGUAUCCCCUGCAAAUUUAACCGCCAC